AUGGACCGCAGCGAAGAAGCAGAACCACCCACUGCAACACACCAAGAUGAAAUUCAAGUUUCAUCGACGCCCGCUUCAUCCCCUCUAUCAAAGGCAGCGGACUCUGCCGAGCAUACAGCAGCAGCAGCAGCAGCAGCAGCUGCUGCUGCUGCUGCUGCUGCUGCUGCUGAUAGAAGAGAUGAAUUCGAUUUGUCUGUGAGCGGCGCCAGCGGGAACCAGCAGCAAACGGAGACAACAGAGAAUACACCAGAAGAAAACAAAGAAGAGCUGCAUGCAGCUCUGCCCCAAACAGAAGAAAGCAGAGGCGUAGCCCAAGCUUAUCACCUCGCAGAAGAAACAGAAAACGCAGCACGCAGACAGCCGUCGCGGGUGUCGCUGCUGAGGAGUUUCUUUGAACGCCAAAUAGACAGCAGACGAGCAAGAGAGCAGCUGCAGCAGCAGCAGCAGCAGCAGCAGCAUCGGCAGCUGCAGCAGCACCAACACCAGCAUCGACAGCUGCAGCAGCUGCAUAGACAGCAGCAGCAGCAGCAGCAGCAGCAGCAGCAGCAGGAGCAUCACCAGCAGCAGCUGGAGCAUCACCAGCAGAGCGAUAGACGGCAGGAGACACACCAACAAGAACACGAGCAGCAGCAGCAGCAGCAGCAGCAGCAGCAGCAUCUACAGCAGCAGCAUCACCAGCAACUGCAGCAUCACCAGCAGCAGCAGCAUCAGCAGGAGCACCUGCAUCAGCAGGAGCAGCAGCAGCAGCAGCAGCAGCAGGAGCACGAGCAGCAGCAGGAGCACGAGCAGCAGGAGCAGCAGCAGGAGCAAGAGCAGCAGCAGCAGCAGCAGCAGCAGGAGGAAGGUGUUGGUUGUUUGCCUCUGAAUCGAAGCAGAGAAUGUAAAGCAGCAGCAGGUCGAUUAGCUGCAGCAAAAAUACAGCUCAGCGCCAUCGAUAUCGCCGCCAGGUACGGCAGGCCCUACAGGCCCCCGCAUGCAUACACUCCAACAGCAGCAGCAGCAGCAGCAGCAGCAGAUGCAGCAGGAGAUGCAGCAGCAGCAGGAGUUGGUGGGGUAGCAGCAGGAGGAGCAGCAACAGAAACAGCAGCAACAGCAGCAGCAGAAGAUAGAGAAACAGAUGGUGGGGAGCAGCAAGCACAACAAACGCAUGCAAAUGCUGCUGCACUUGCUGCUGCUGCUGCUGCUGCUGCUGGUACUCCUGCAGCAGCAGCAGAGGAGUUGCUGACGAAGGCAGUGUUUGGGGUGUACAGGCAGCUCGUGCAGGCGGUGGUGGUGGUGUGUGUGCGGGAGAAACGGAAAAAGAAGAUAAAAAUAGUAUAA